CAAUAAUCGCUUAUGCUCACAAAAACUAGUCUCCAACUUUGAUACCAUCACACCAGUUUAUCAUCAUAGAAUAGAAUCUAAGACAAUGUCAACUUCCCUACCAGUUGAUUCAAGCCAACAUGCAGUCCCAUACAUCAAGCGACCAAAUACAAAUUUUCGUCCUAGCGUUUGGGGAGAUUUUUUUCUUCAAUAUGAUUCUGAUUCUGAAUCAACGGAAAUCAUCAAUGACGUGAAGCAACAAGAACAAAUGCUAAAAGAAGUGAAAAAUAUUUUUCUAUCUUUCAAGAAUGAUAUCGGACAACAACUAAACUUGAUUGACUCAUUGAAUCGUUUGGGAAUAUCUUAUCAUUUUGAAAGUGAAAUUGAUCAAGUAUUAGAACAAAUCCACAAUAAUUUUACUAACAAUAAGGAAAUAAUCAAUAAAGAAGGAGAUCUUCACUUUCUUGCGUUAGCAUUUCGUUUGCUUAGGCAAAAAGGACAUCAUAUUUCACCGGAGAUAUUUCAAAAAUUCAAAAGAAAUAAAAAAAACUUCGAUGAAAAGCUUUCCAAAGAUGUACGAGGAAUAUGGAGCUUGUAUGAAGCCGCACAAUUAAGGAUUCAUGGUGAAGUUAUAUUAGAUGAAGCACUUGAUUUCACAUACACUCAUCUUAAUUCCUUGAUCAUCACCAAUGAUCAAUUGAUUAGUCCUUUUCUUGGCACACAAAUACGUCGCUGCUUAAAAACUCCUCUUCACAAGGGAGUUCCUAGGUUGGAAACAAGGAGUUACAUUUCUUCAUUAGGUAAAGAACCUUCUCAAAAUGAAGUUCUUUUGAAUUUUGCAAAAGUAGAUUUCAACAUGAUGCAGAAAAUGUACCAAAAAGAAAUCGGGAGUAUCACCAAGUGGUGGAAUAAAUCAGAUUUUGGGACAAAAGUCCCUUACGCAAGGGAUAGAGUUGUUGAGGGUUACUUUUGGCUAUUGGCUUUUUCUUAUGAGCCUAGAAAUAGCACGGCAAGAAAGUUAGGGUCAAAGUUGAUAUUAUGUAUUUCUCUUUUAGAUGAUACUUAUGAUGCCUUUGCCACGGUUGAAGAACUUGAAAUUUUUACACAGGCCAUCCAAAGAUGGGAUAUUAAUCUCAUUCAAUCCCUUCCAGAGUGCAUGAAAGUUGUAUUUACUACAAUUUUAGAAUUGUGGGAUGAGUAUGAGGCAACAAUUCUUGAAAGUGGAAAAUUAAGUUUGCUUUUAGACUAUGUUAAAGAAGAUUUUUAUAAAUUGGCAAAUGCCUACUUGAUUGAAGCAAAAUGGUGCAAUGAAGGAUAUAUUCCAACAUAUGAUGAAUACAAGGCUAAUGGAAUUAAGUCUUCUGCACUCCCACUUCUACUAUUAUCUUUUAUUGGGCUUGGAGAAUUUUCAAACAAAGAGUUGCUUGAUUGGAUUUUCAGCGAUCCUAAAAUCAUAGAUGCUACAUCAACUAUUGCCAGACUCGUGGAUGACAUGGGCUCACAUAAGUUUGAGCAGCAAAGAGUGCAUGUUGCUUCUUCAGUUGAAUGUUGCAUGAAGCAGUAUGACAUGUCACUACAAGAAGCUUAUAAAUUCAUUUUCAAAGAUAUUGAAGAUUAUUGGAUAGUUAUGAAUGAAGAGUGCCUCAACUUAGACAUCCCAAGUCCAGUGCUUGAAAGUAUUCUUAAUGUGGCGCGAGCAUCUGAAUUUGUAUACGAAAACUUUCAAGAUAAAUAUACAAAUGGGGAAUUGAUGAAAGACUCCAUUGAUAUACUAAUUCUAGAUCCUAUAAGCAUUGAGAAAUGUGAGUAGGAUAAGCAAAAUAAGAUAUAAUAAGUGGGUUAAUUUAAUGUUUUAUAUAUACAUCUAUGUAUUUGCUUAAUUGUUAAUCAUUUGUAUUGCGACUGUUAGGUGUUUUCUCCUUAAAUUAGUAGAACUAAGGUUAUCCUCCUUAAGGGAGUCUAUUGGGACUA